AUGCCCAGUAAGGAACUACUCUCAUCGAUAAGAUCUACUAGACAUCUGAACAAGCUCCUCAAGUCGUUGAAGAGAGGCCGGUGGGCUUCGACGGAGCAGGCUAGAGACCUACUCGACAAGGCCAGCAUGCAGAACGUCGUUCCUGAUGCUUUCACGUACAGCCAGGCUUUCUCUAUGGACGCGUACAGUUGUUCUGAGAUUAAGGCUCUGGUUAGUGGCAGUCUGCACAUGCUGAACUCGGUUGUCGUGAACUCGGCCAUCGCCUCCUGUGGACGUAUGGGUUGUGAAAGUGAGGCAAGGGAGUUGUUACGGCUAAGUGAGGAUAACAACAUGGUUACCUGCCGAACCUAUAAUGCCUUCCUCUCGUUGCCGAUGACUGGUUCGGCCGCUAUGGAUGUCUGGAAGGAAAUGCCUCAUCACAUGAAGGAUGCUUACACUCUCCAACUACUCCUAUACCGGCUCGCUCAAGACGGUUAUCCGCCUUCUGCCUACGAGAAUCUAUUAGCCGAGGCCCGUGAUGUGAUAACGAUUGAUCGCCAGCAUCUGGCUACAGCAGUUUCGGGGUGUAUCCGAGCCGGAUACGCUGCCGAUGGCCUCGCACUGCUGUCUGCUAGCGGCGUGAGGGCUAGCGAUGACAAGGUGCUAGCGACUUGUGCUUUGUGUGCCUAUGAACGCCUUGGGAUGUGGUCCGAGAGCUUGGACUUGUUACAGUGUAUUGAUGAGCCAGAUGUUGUUUGCUAUACAGUCGCAAUAGCGGCCUGUGCUCGUGCUGGGAAGGGGAAGGAAGCCGUUAAGCUGUGGAGUGAGCUGUCCUCACGCGGGCUAACUCCUCAACGUCAAACCCUCUCCUCUGUUGUACGUGCCUGUGAGGCCGCGGUAGCAUCUCAGACUUAUCGGCGAGAGCCGACGACGGUGUAA